AAGCGAUCCAGUUGGUAGCAGUAAUAGUAGCAGAAGGCUUUCAAUAUUGACGCACAUUGACGCUUAUCAAGAAUCCUAUAAUCGCCGAAAACUGAAGAAAGAUCUGCUGUCAAAUUCGAAGUAAUUUUCACAAAAUAAAGUAUAUUAUUAUAUAUCUCAGGAACAAUGUCAGAGACCGUAAUAGAUGAAAGAGUAACUGACGAAAUUGAAGCACUAAAAGCGAUAUUGCUUGAUGAUGAAUUAAAUAUAAAAGAAAAUGACAGAGGUGAACCAGAAUGUAUUGAAACUGUGUUAUUUCCCUCAACUGGUGAAGAUUCACAGUCUCAAUAUGUUUGUGUAACACUAAUUGUUCAGUUACCUGUGGGAUAUCCUGAUAUAUCACCUACUAUUAGUCUCAGAAAUCCCAGAGGUUUAGAUGAAAAUACAGUGAGGCUUAUGCAAUCAGAUGCAGAAGCAAAAUGUAAGGAUUUCAUAGGUCAACCAGUUAUGUUUGAACUCAUUGAGUUAAUAAGAGAACACCUUACAAGAAGUAAUCUUCCAACGGAUCAGUGUGCCAUAUGUUUGUAUGGUUUUCGGGAAGGAGAUGAAUUUACAAAAACUGAAUGUUAUCAUUAUUUUCAUUCACAUUGUUUAGCAGCACAUGUUGCUGCUGCAGAACGAUAUUAUAGAGAAGAACAAGAAAAAUUGCCACAAUGGCAACAAGAUGCAACAAAUAAAUUCCAGGCCAUAUGCCCUGUCUGUAGAGAAUCCAUCAAUUGCGACGUAGAAAGCCUAUGGUCUGCUCCACCUCCAAUUGAUGUUGAAGCUGCCAUCGAUUUUUCAGUAACUGCAGAGCUGAGAGAAUUACAAAAACAAAUGGCAGCAUUAUUCUUAAGGCAACAACGGAGGGGUGGUAUAAUUGACUUAGAAGCCGAAGGUGUGAAAACAUUGGUUAGAACAGAAGAUGAGCCAGGUGCUACUACUGAAGGACCCAACCCUCCGGGAACCAGUUUAAAUGCAUAUUCAAAUCAAAAUAUGCAACCUGUUGAUCAUAUGCAAAUGUCACAAUCAAAACAGUCCUCACAGACACAAAAUCAUGCUCACUAUCAAUCAAGGCAACUACAUCAUAAUUACCAAGGUCAUAAUAACCAUGGCCAUCGAAACAGAGGUCGUGGACGAACUCAUUAUCGUCGUCAAUUUGACAGAGUUAGGCACACGGAAUCUACUCCCAGAUGACAAUGGGUUCGAGAUAAAUUAUUUACUGUCUGGUCUUCUAUUUUACUAAGUGUAUACAAUAAUAUGAACAGCAUUAGUAGCAUAAUUGUGUAUGUAUUAUAUAAUAACUGUUUAAUUUCAAAUCACUUUUACGUAUUAAAAUUAUAGGUUUCAUUGUUCAGCAACAUUCCCGUUAUAACGGUGUAUAAAAUGGGAUAUGUUGAGACUUCCAAUCCAUUGAGACUCCUGAAGCCAUGGUGCUCUUUUAAACGAUCUACAAUCGUACAAAAGUUAGUUCUUUUUUUAAAUAUAAAUAUGUAUACAGAGCUGUAAGUACUGUAGCAUAUUACAAACAAGCAAAAGAAAGAAAAGAUACCCAAUCAAAAUGUUAUACUAAAAAUAUUUUAUACCAGUCAUUUAAAAUUUAACAGUCUUGGAGUAAAAAAAUAACAUGUAUCACUUUCAAAUUAAUCAUUUUUACAUAAAUUUCACAACUUACAAUACUCAUUUCUAUGCAAAAAUUUAUUAAUAAUAUAGAUUGUACUAUAUAACAGAGCAGACAUGGAUCAGUGUUUAAAGAAAUACUUGUUCAUUCCUUUUAAAGGAAUCGAAAAUUUCACUUUUGCUCUAUGCAUAUAUUCAGAAGCAAUGUAAAUCUUUAGAAAAAGUAUGUAAUGCUAUUAUAUAUCAAGUUUAACAUGUGAAAUAUACCUUUCUCUCAAGA